GCCGAAGAUGAGGCAGAAGACGAGGAAGAGGCGGAGGGCAAAGAAAGCGGGGAGGAAAAGGAGGGUGAAGAAGAGGAUGCAGGAGAGGAAGCAAAUAGUGUGAAUGAGGAUGAGGAAAACCAGGAGGAGGAAAAGGAAAGCGACAAGGAGCAUCACAGCGAAGCAGAGAAUCUGCAGGAGACCCGAGGAGAAGAAGAAAAGGAUGAUAGCGAAGCGGAAAGGGCGUCGGAGGCAGAUAAAGAUCCAGAGAAGGAAGCAGGAGGCGAAGAGGAGGAUCAGGAAGGCCAGGGCCAUGAGGGCCAUGAGGAGCAGCAAGAAAGCCAGACGGAAAUGGCUAACGAGGACGAAAAGGAAAGUGAAGCGGAAGGUCAGGAGGAAAGUGAGGAAAAGGAGCAGAGCGAGGAAGAUCAGGAUCAAGGAGAGGAAGCAAAGAGUAUGCAGCAGGAUCAGGAAAGCGAAGGGCCCGAGGAGAAAGAAGAAAGCCAGGCGGAAAUGGCUAGCGAGAAGGAGGAAGAGGAAAGCGAAGCAGAAGAUCAGGAAAAAUGUGAGCAAAAGGAGCACAGCGAGGAUGAACAGGAUCAGGGAGAGGAAGCAAAGAGUAUGCAGCAGGGUCAGGAAAGCGAAGGGCCCGAGGAGAAAGAAGAAAGCCAGGCGGAAAUGGCUAGCGAGGAAGAGGAAAAGGAAAGUGGAGCAGAAGCGGAAAAGGACAACGAGGAAUCAGGAGAGGAGGCAAAGACUGGAGGAGAGGAGGAAAGCCAGGGCCAUGAGAAGGAAGAAAGCCACAUGGAAAUGGAGAAGGGAAGUGAAAAGGAGCAUGACAGCGAAGCAGAGGGUCAGGAGGAAAUGCAAGGAGCAGAAGAGAAGGAGGAUAGCGAAGGGGAAAGGGCGUCGCAGGAAAAGAAGGAUCCAGAAGAGGAAGCAAGGACCGAAGAAGAGGAUCAGGAAAGCCAGGGUGGCGAAAAUGAAAUGGCAUCCCAGGAGGAGAAGGAAAGCAAGGAAAGCCAAAAGGCUUACGUGCAGGACAGCGGUCCACAGUUUGGCAGGGGCGACAGUUCCGUGGAUCUUGGAGGCCAA